UCCAGGAGGCGGCACACACACAUUCUUUUUAUAGCAUCGUAUGUUCCCCUAGACGUACUCACUAGGCGUCUGCGUUCAUUGGAGACCCUCUCCAAGAAUAGAGUCCAACUCAAGACUCAAUAGACCAGUUCCCCCUGAGGAUUAUGGAGACUAUGGAGAUUACGGAGCCACCCAGGUCUAGCCAUGAUUGGUUCGUAUAGAAAUCAAGCACAGACCACACGAAAAGGGGGCUCCUAUUUUUUUCUCUUUUUUUUUUUUUUAUUUUUUUUUUCUCCGUAUGCCCACAUAUAUCGGGCUCGGAUGAACGUAAAGAAGGCGCAGUUACACCAAAGUGGAAACGUAAAAACCGCGAUCGAACAAAGCGUAUCUGGAGGGGCAAAAAAAAAAAAAAUACUAAAGUACGAAAGGAAAAGCCAAAUAAUGACGUCAGCUGAUUUGCUGAUCGCAAAAAAAUUCCAGCUGUCCAGGUAGAAAAGAAGACAGUAACCCAGCCGCGUCGGUGCCAUGGAUCUUGAUCCUAAUUUGACGAUUAGCGAUGUGCUAGUCUUGGAGAACCUUUUGGACGAUAUUAAAACAUGGAAGAAAGAGGAACAAGAUGGUGAAGCCGUGAUACAAAGUAGGACGUCUCACAAUGAAGAGACGGUCAAGAAACUGCAGGCGUUGAAUGAUCCUCAGCAUUCAGACUUCGAGCCCAGCGUUGUGUUUACAUGGGACCUCAGGGAUCUUCGCCUGUACCCUUGGCUCGACAGGUGGAUUCUGCAGCCCUACAUCGGCCUGGCAAGAAGAAUUGUUCGCCAUGAGACCGACGUGGUGAUGCUGUCCCAUAUUCUGCUCUACCUCACUACCUCCGUCCCCAGCGCAGUCCUCUUAUAUUAUAGAUUCAGCUGGACCCAUGGGGUCCUGCAUUGGCUCAUGCAAAGCUACUAUACCGGGACAUAUACCCUGUUGAUGCACCAGCAUAUCCAUAUGGGCGGAGUGCUGAAGCCGAAAUACCGCUGGCUGGACAUGACAUUCCCCUAUAUCACAGAUCGCCUGAUGGGACAUACCUGGAACAGCUACUACUAUCACCAUGUCAAGCACCACCAUGUGGAGGGCAAUGGGCCGGACGAUCUCUCGUCGACCAUCCGGUAUCAACGGGAUGACCUGUUCGACUUUCUUUGCUACUUUGGCCGGUUCUUGCUGUGUAUUUGGUUCGAGCUACCCCGUUACUUUUUCCGCAAGGGUAAUCUUCGCUGUGCGUUCAAGGCGGGGGCGUGGGAGAUUCUCAGCAUGGCGUCGAUGUACUGGGCCUGGAAAUAUCUCGGGUGGAAACCAACGCUCUUUUGCUUCGUCCUUCCAUUUGUGCAACUGCGCCUGGGGCUGAUGGUGGGCAACUGGGGGCAGCAUGCCUUUGUGGACGAGGUUGAUCCGGACUCGGACUUUCGCUCGAGCAUUACAUUGAUCGAUGUUGCAAGUAACCGUUUCUGCUACAACGAUGGCUAUCACACUUCCCAUCACCUGAAUCCUCGCCGCCACUGGAGGGAGCACCCCGUGGCCUUCCUGCAACAGAAGGACCGAUAUACCACCGAGAAUGCACUGGUGUUCCGCAACAUCGACUACAUUAUGAUCACCGUGAGACUAAUGCGGAAGGACUAUCUCCAUCUCGCCAAGUGUUUGGUUCCAUUGGGAGAUCAGAUCGGGAUGGAGCAGAGCGAAAUUGCGGAAAUGCUGCGCACUAAGACUCGCCGAUUCACUGAGGAGGAGAUCAGGCGCAAAUUUCCCCAAAAGAACCAAAGUCAUCACUGAUUCCCUGGCUGGUUUUGGCGAUACGGUUGAUCGUGGGGAGCGAUCGGUGUCAAAUGCGUGGUCAAGCUUUCAUUUCAGUUGGCCAGGAGAACUCGUCCCUGGUUGGGCUUCUAUUGGCGAUUGAUAUCAUCUUAUUUUGUCUGA